CUCUGCGGACCGCGGUAUGAUGGCCCCCAACCGCCUGCUCGCGCUGCUGCUGCUCCUCGUGGGCGUCCCCGCCGCUGCCGCCGAGUCGAUCCGAGAAACUGAGGUCAUCGACCCUCAAGACCUCCUAGAAGGCCGAUACUUUUCCGGAGACUUACCAGACGACGAGGACGUCGGGGGGCCCGGGCAGGAAUCCGAUGACUUUGAGCUGUCUGGCUCUGGAGAUCUAGAUGACUCAGAGGACACCCGGAUCUUCCCAGAAGUGAUGCAACCCUUGGUCCCUAUAGAUAACUACAUCCCUGAGAAGACAGGGAGCCGAGUUCCCACCGAACCCAAGGAACUGGAGGAGAAUGAAGUUAUCCCCAAGAGGUCGUCCCCUUUUGAUGGGGACGAGGAUGUGUCCAACAAGGUGUCCAUGUCCAGCACAGCCCAGGGCGGCAACAUCUUUGAGAGGACAGAGGUGCUGGCAGCUCUGAUCGUGGGCGGUGUCGUGGGCAUCCUCUUUGCCGUCUUCCUCAUCCUGCUGCUCGUGUACCGCAUGAAGAAGAAGGAUGAGGGAAGCUACGACCUGGGCAAGAAACCCAUCUACAAAAAGGCCCCCACCAAUGAGUUCUACGCCUGAAGUUUCCCCUGGAGCACCUACUUGGACUUUAGGGGGAAGGGACACUGAAGGAUUUUGAAGGGUGUUCGGGGAGGGGGAGGGCAACCCAGUCCUGAUCUAUCAGCCUCUCCCGCUCCGAUUACAGUUUCAGUGUCAGAAGAGACAUCACCUUCUACUGUUCCUGCUUGCCUCUUGAUUCUCUGGGCCUCCACUGUCCCAGCAGAAAAACGGGGUUAAACUUGGCCUUUCUCAAGGCAAGUCUGGGGUUGUAUCUGUUUCUUCAUCUUCCCAUUUAGAAUCUAGGUAGGCCCAGCUUAGAGCCUGUACUGAACAGGUCCGAUCCAGAGUCUUUCUAAGCUAUUGUACGCGUCUUGCUGGAGGUCAGCCCCCCACCUGCCAGCCUUCCCCUCCUGUCCCCCUUCCACAGCCUGGCCCCUCGGCCAGGAGCUGGGAGAAGGAACCAGAACCAUCUAUCUGCACCUUGAGAUGUGUCCAUCAAAGGCAUCUGCAACCACACUGUGGGCGUCUGUGGUACACCCUGGGACAUUCUAGGCUCUUCCAAGUGACUUUUGGAAGUCAGCCUUUUUUAUCUGGGGGGGAGGAGCUGAAAGUUCAUCCUGAAUCAGAUUUGUAGAAUAUUCUUAAGUCUAUUUUUAGUGGGGUAUUUUUUUUAAUAGUUCAUUCCUUUGUACAGAGCCUCUCUCCGUGGGCAAGAGUACACACAGAAGCUAAGGCUUUCUCUGCCCUCUUGCACCUUUCCACAGUACCUGCUAAGUUUGUAUUUAAUGGUGUUUUUGUUUUUGUUACUCGAAAAUGAGAGAAGAGUUGGAGAUAUAAUUUUUAUUAAUUUUUUUACUACUAUUUAUAGCUUCAGACAGGGCCUUUCUUUCCCUCUUUUGCCUCUUUUCUUUUUUCCCCAUGUGUGUUUUUUUUUUUUUUUAAUUCUUCCUACUUCCCUGCUCAUGACCUUGGCCCUUUCUGAAGCUGCUUCCUCUAAGAAGCUUUUGCUGAAAUAGUUUUUUUUUUUUUUAGCAGAUCCCAAACUAUAACGUAGGGGAUGGUGGGAUAUUUGUGUCUCUUUCAUAUAAUAUAUUAUUAUUCUUCCUUGGUUCUAGAAAAAUAGAUAAAUAUAUUUUUUCAGGAAAUAGUGUGAUAUAUUCCUGUGUGAAGUUGGCUGGGUGGUUGAGUGAGUGAAUGUUUGCGGGGCUGAGUGGAUUUUUGCCUCUUUUUCUGGUCCUGUUUCUUGGUGCCUUCUCCCGACUGGGCUGGAAACCUCUCUAGCUUUUGCUCUGAGCCCAGCUGGGGUACCUUCAUUGGCGAUCUCCAAAUUUAACAGAAGAUCGGAGAGCUGUGCUAUCCAACAUGGCAAGUGCAGGCCACACUGAAAUCAGUUAAAAUGACAGGAAGUUAAAGUUCAUUCCUCAGUUAUACUGAUCCACAUUUCAAGUGCUCAGCGGCCACGUGGGGCCGGUGGCUGGUGUACCAGACAGACAAGUAGAUCCCACUAGCAUCUGUUAACAGCACAGCUCAAGAACUAAACUGAUUUAAUAAGUCACAGGCUCAGCCUGGUUAGGAUGACCUUUGUCCCUCUAAAGGGGGACGGGGAGGGCUGAUCAGGGCCUGGCUCUGGGGCUUAUCCUCUCCAGAGAGGAGAGGCCUAGUGGCUCAGGCUGGCCAGGCCACAUCUCCUGACCCCAUGGGGAGACUGGGGGAGUUACCCUUGCUUCCCUCCCCUUCUGUGACCCCAGGGUCCCAGCUGGCUGGGUCCUCUUCCUCCCCCCAUGUCCCUUUUCCUCUGGCCAUGUUGGGAGUGAGCACCUCACAUUGUUGUCUGUUACUGGUUUUUUGAUAAAAAGAUAAUAAAACCUGGUACUUUCUAGA